CUUUAUUCGUUCUUGUUCUCCUGUCCGGUUUGCUCAACCCCGCUAUUACAAUUAUAAGUACAUUAUUGACUGCUGUUUACACGCCGUGUCACGAUAUGUGUUUGUUGCAGCACAUAUUCGCGAGAUCAAAACCAGCCGCCGAGUACAUUGCCAGCGGCCAUCGAAGGGUGCACAUUGACCGGCGUAGGCAGUGCCUAUACAUACGAGAAGUGGGUUAUGGCCGCAAGAGCGGCUUCGAUCCUUUCAGAUGCAAUAGUGUUAUUCCUAACAUCGUUGAAAACCUUCCUCAAGUCUCGAAGUGCAGCGGAACUAACAAGCUCAAUCACUACUGUACGAGGAGCUCUUCUCAGAGGCACCUCGGUCUGCUUUGUGUUCCUCUCUGUGAUCAACGUUAUUGCAAUUGUGGCAACACGAGCGACAAUGUCUAUUUCGAUUGCCCAGGAAUGGAUCAACAUCUUGACUUCGAUUUUUCUGUCAAGACUUGCAAUGGAUCUACGCGAAACGGCGCUUUUGGGCCUUAGCAGUACUACGGGGCUUGACGCUUCAACCCUUGACUUCGCUGGCGUUGACAGUUCUGAAGGCAGCUGGUCAGAUGUGUCGUUGGAGGAUGUCGACGUAGAUCGGUCAUCCGUAUCCAACGAAGGUCAUGCCGCUGAGUUGGAAUGUUGACUGAGUAAUCGAUAUAAAAUCUGACGAGGAUGUGACAAGGUGUUGCCCUCAAAUCUGCCUCUACAGUAUACUCCUCGUGUAUCCUUGGCAUUCGAUCUGCACUGGCAGCUGCUGUGCUGUCCACUGUGGAGACCCAACCUUCGAGGAUCGGCUGCCUAGUCGAAGAAGUGUCCGCAACGCGCUGACGACAUACUGCGCGUGUGUAUGCGUUCAACAGUGCUGUGCUCAUG